ACUCACAUAAGAUGUGCCAUGCCACAAUUUGCCUUUGCCAUUGCCAUUGUUUUAAUGUUUUCUCUUUCUUCUUAUUAUCAUGUGCCUCUGUUUUGUUUGCUUAGACCACCCUCUUCCUUCCUGCCUUUCUUGAACCAGUCUUAGUCCACGCCUGCCUUUCUGGGUUUCUCCUUGUGAUUUCUCUGCUCUUUUAUCAGAACCAACCUUUGCCUUUUUUUUUCAUUUUCUGAUUCGUUUCACAAAAAGAACAUAACUUCGAUUAGCCCAUUUGGGUGGAGAUUCAAAAGAUGUUUGGAUUGGUACAUGGUGUGGUGGUGCUGGUGUGCAUACCAAUUGUUGCAGUCAUUGUUGGUCUCGUUUUAUGGCGAUGGAAUUGUUACAGGAAAAAUAGACAAAGUGUUGGUGGCAGAACGGAAAAUACUAGACCUGAGGGCUUGCAAGCUGGGAUUGCAAAGCUUCAUCAUCAUCAGCCAGCUGUUUUAGAAAGCAAGAGACCAACAGGAACCAAUUACUAUCGACGUGGGGAUUCAGGGAAGCCUCUGUUUAGUUGGGCUAAUCAUCCAACGUCCAUCACUGAUGCUGUCGAAAAUGGAUGGUCUCGAUUCGCUUUCACAAGUUUCAUGUCAUCCCCUUCAACAAAAUCAAGGCUUUUGGGUUUGUGCGCGGUUGGUGAUCAGAGAAUAAGGGAGACAGAGCCGGAGAUAAGCUGGGAAGUGUGUCAAGGUUCAGCUGAUUUCAUGCAGAAGAUUAGGCUAAAUUCUGGGUUGAAAAAGGUGUUGAAUUUAGGCAGUUCUAAUUCUACGGCUGCUGCCUCUGUGAUCAGGACAGCUCUGCCUUUGCCAGGCCCUGCCUUGGGGAACAACUCUUUCCCUCAAGAAACUUAUUUUGAGAUCACAAUUUUGUAUUCUCGUGGGGAUGAAUUGAGCGAGUCAAAUGGGAAGGUGAAGGAAGGUGAGAAGACUAAACUCAUUCAAGAGACUAAAGAAGAAAACCCAGGUUCAGAUUCUUUGGUUCAUGUCACUAGCAGUCAAAGAAUCAGCAGAAUUGAGGAAUUAAAGCUGAGUGUUAAAGAGGAUCAUCAUAAUCAUGGCAAAGGUGAGGCCAUUUUGUUGUCAGUUGGGCUCACUGUAGGAGGCUCUCUUCCUCUCAAACUUCCAGGCAGCUACCCCGGAAGCAUCGGAUUCGGCUCCAAUGGUUCAGUCCAUCUUGAUGGGAUUAAACUUGUCUUUGAAUCAGAAAAAGCAACAUGGGGAAGAACAGACAAAGUCAUUGGGUGUGGGUUUGAUCCUAGACAAAAGAAAGUAUACUUCACUGUAGAAUCAGAGCUGGUCCAUGUGAUCCAUUGCAAGUCAGAGGAAUUUAGCACUCCCCUCUAUCCAACUCUUGCAGCAAACACUGACAUGACAGUCUUGGUCAAUUUGGGACAAAGUGUCUUCAAGUAUGCACCAGCCAAUGCCCAAAGGACACCCAAUCCUUGCUUUGUUGGCCCUCUCGUUAGAUCCUCAGCUGCUGCUUUUUAUGAAGACAGCAUGGAGCUCUUCUCAAUGGAAAGAAUUGACUCUCAGUGGCUCAACAGAUGUACAACCAAAGGCAGCCAAAACCCAAGUGCUGCAAACCAUGAACUGGAGUUUGAUGAGGAAUCUGAGGCUGAUUUAUUUGAGAUUGUCUUGGAGAGUUGUGGUAGAUCCCCACACGUAGUAUCAUAGAAACAAAGACAUAUACAUACCAAUAUCACUAACCAGUGCCAGAAGUAUCAGCAAGGAUAGAUUUUUUUCCUCUGAUUUUGGCAAUCGGCUAUAUGCAAUGCUUGUGGGAGUGAGGUGGAUUUGCUGUCCUGUCUGUGAUUUACAUCUGUAGAUUCUGCGUUAGCUUGCUCGUCAUGAAAAUAUAUAGAUAGAAAUAGGUUCAUACACCGAAAUUCUUAUUAUUUUUUUCUCUCCUUCUGAUUUUGUUGGUCUGUAUCUUUUUGCUUUCUGCAGGAGAACAUUUUAUCUUCUUCCCCUUUGUAUAUAAUAUAUUCCAAAACUCAAAUCUUUUAUUCAAGUUGUAACUGAGCUUUGAUACGCCUUGGAUUGUAUUACAGAAGCCACAUGAUAUUCAUUGGCAA